GUUUAAGUGGGGUUUAAAGAAUUUGAACCGCCUUCUUCUUUUAGCUAAAAAUUUCUCUUCCCCGUUCUUUUCUAGGGUUUCUCAUUUGGUGUUACUUGUUAGGGUCUCUUCGUUUCAAUUCCGAGUCAAUUUCGGCCAAGUGAUUUCUACAAUCAAAAUCUGAUCUUGUCACCUGGGUCUUCUUCAAAAAUCUUCAAUGGACGCUCAAAUCCGAUCCCAGCGAAGCGAAGACGCAAUCGUCAUCCCAACCCAACGGGAAUUCAAACAACCCAUUUCGAAGAAACCGAGAAACUCAGAAACCCCCCCUUCAGAUCGUCCCAAAAGACCCAACUGUUUGUUCUUCAAGACCCGUCUCUGUUUGAGAUUUACAUCCGGCAACUGCGCAAAUGGCCUUAAUUGCACCUUUGCUCAUGGGUCUCAGGAACUCCGUGCACCUCUCCCGAGUUGGCAAGAAUUUGUUCCUGAAGGUGGUAGCAUGAAUCAAGAACAACUGGUUCUUAAGAACAGGAUAUGCAAGAUGUUUUAUCGAGGGGAUGUUUGUACUUACGGGGAGAAGUGCACUUUUGCGCAUGUAGAGCCUGGAAUGCUUGGAGAUAAUGUGAAUUCGAGCAAGAGGGAUUCUUCGGCUUUGGAGCCGGGGAAGGAUUUAGAGGGCAUAGUUGUUCUUGGGUCGGGGAGCGGGAGCGUGCGGAAACAGACAUUUUGGAAGACGAGGAUGUGCAACAAGUGGGAGGUUUUGGGAUAUUGCCCUUUUGGUGAGGGGUGCCACUUUGCUCAUGGGCUUGCAGAGCUGAUGGACUUCAAAAACCAAAAGGAGUUGGAUAAUCCAAAUACCACUGCAGCGACUCUGAAACCCCCUCUUCAUCAAGCUAAGCUUGUGUCAUCAAGCACAACAUCGAGUGUCAAGCAUCAGAGUCGGGGUUUCUUGAAGUGGAAAGGGCUUGAGAAGAUAAGCCGCAUCUAUGGAGACUGGAUCGACGACAUCCCAUUUUGAUUCUGCAACUCACCAUCCAAGGCUGUUCAUCAGAGUU